AUGGCCAUGGACAGAAACCGUGGGGUGCUCGACCGAUCAAGGCUUUUUGAGGAGCUGAUCACGGAGCUGGUUAUGAAGGGUGGAGAUGCCGACACAAAUGCCUGCUUUGCCGGAGCGUUGCUUGGAGCCUAUCUGGGCUUUGCUGCAUUGCCAGAUCACUGGAGAAACGGCAUGGUACAUGGAAAAUGGCUGGUUGGCAAGGCGGAAUCCCUGUGUCAGGUUCUUAACGUGAAGGAUGGUCAGUACAACGGUCAGGAAGAUGCUGAUACUGCCCCUCUCGGGGGUAAGCCGGAGAUCAGCCAGCAGGAUAUGGAAGCGAAGUGGAUGGUGUUCCAGCAGGAAGUAGUGAGGAAAAUGGAGGAAGCAAAGAAGACCGACGAGACCAAAACUACGGAGCCCAAGUCAAAGUCGGCUUGGUCUGUCCCCUGGAAGAAACCAAAAAAGCCGUGA